UUUGACUAUAUUUUUGUUUAUGUCGCUUAUUGAAUAUUUUUAAAUUAAAAUAAUAAAGUUACAGAAAUCCACUUAGAUGAAAAUUAUCAAAAAUGCCAAAGCCGACAUGUGUUCAAUGCAAUUCAAACGAUUCACUGCUCUGGCGGAGUGCAGAAACCGGUCAAAUAUGCAACGAAUGUCACCUUACAAACACUGCAAACAAGGAAGCUAAAACCGAAGCCAACUUUAUUAAAACCGAAGGAGACGAUAAGAGGGAAGAGAAAGACGAUAUCGAUGUUAAAAAUGUGAAGACUGAAGGGGAAACAACGCCAGCAAAGGCUACUGGAAAAGGUACUCGAAAAAGUACGCGCUCAACUAGAUACAAAGCGAAAACGCCAGCUCCUGCGCCAUCAAAGCCCGCAGCGCCCCGCGGACGAGGUCGAAGAAGUAUUUUUAAAAGACAACCAUUAAAAGCGCCCACAGCAACAGCAACAGUUGUUACAAGUGAAUCUUUAUUUUUUAAGGGUACAUACAUGCAAGUUGGUGAUAUUGUGUCAAUGAUAGAUAUUGACGGAGGUACAUACUAUGCUCAAAUCCGUGGUUUCCUUACCGACCAGUAUUGUGAAAAGAGUGCUGUCGUCACUUGGUUGCUGCCGACAAAAGCAAGUCCACCUCCAGAGAAAGGAUUUGAUCCAGCUACUUACAUUAUAGGACCCGAAGAAGAGUUGCCCCGCAAACUAGAAUACAUGGAGUUUGUAAUGCAUGCCCCUUCAGACUACUAUAAAGCAAGCAACAGCCCAUAUCCUUUAACUGACAAUGAAUUGAACAAUUACUCUGGUUUUAUUUGGACGACGCUUGAACCUAAAGAAAAAACAUAAAAGUAUAUAUUCUUUAUUUAGGUUUAUGUAGCCAUUUAAGGUGUUUAAUAAAUGAUUGCGUUUAUUUUUAU